AUGCUAUCACAGAAAUGCAAGAAGAGUAUUGAAUUAAUUCGAUCCCAAAACAAGGGAUGCCUGUCUGUAUCUGUGGAAGAUCUUCUAGCAGCUGCAGCAGAGCCCCCACGCAAAGGAGAGACUUUGAAUGAACAACUGGACAGGCUAUCUGAUGCAUUCGAUGCUGUUCAAAGGUAUCUGGAGCAGUAUUCACUAGAAGACGGGCACAAUUCACCUAUUCCUGACAUUCAAGAUGAUGCAUCUGACAUCCACUCAACAGUGACAAGUUCAUCAUUUUCCACGCGCAGGUGGGCAAUUUUCUUUCUUGGAUUUAUUUUAAUCAAUACGAUCACUCUGUUUUAGCA